CGGUUGGUGAAAACCAGCGCAUCUGGUUAACUAAAUAAAUGCAAGUGCAAUCGUAUGGUUUUAAAUUUUUUAAACAUCCUGAUAAAAAUGAUUUUUAAUACUAAUACUCAUGUAAUAGGGCUGGGUAAGGCGGUAACUGUAAGGCUGUAAGGCAAGGUGUUUAUUAUUGUUAGUACUAUAGUAAUACAGUAAUAGUAUAAGUAUAGUAUAGUAACUAAAGUCUAUUAUAGUCUAUAGUACUGUUAGAGUGCAGUCCUUCCCGUUCCCUCCUCACACUCACAUUACUAGGCAUUAGAAAUUGGCAUAAGCCUUAUCUACACAGUUGACUCUUACGGUGCACAGGUCCAGUGAACAGUUCUCGCUCAAUGAUAUUUUGGGCUAAAUCUGAGGAUGAAUGCCACAGCGUCUUUUGGGUGUUUAUUAAAAAUUAUAGUUGCAGUAAAUUAUGGUUUAGGUUAGGCUGAGGGAUCCAUUUAGGGUUCAGGUUAGGCAUAGGGAUCAAUUUAGGGUUCAGGUUAGGUAUAGGGAUCGAUUUAGGGAUACAGUCGUGAAAUUCUAUAAAAUAGUGGCAUUCGUCCUCGUAAUUUACCAUAUUUUGUAUAGGCUAAUACACUUGAUACUUACCUUUACCAGUUUGCAUCCAUUAAAUUAAAAUGUCAAGGAGAAUCAUAAUUUAUAAUUAAUUAGUAAUAUAAAAUGUACAUAGACAUACUUAGUAGAUAGUAGCCUACUAUUAGUAGGCUAGAAAGGUACUUAAGUAACAAAAAUUAUAAAAAUAUAACAGUUGGAUAGUCUUAUAGUUAUAGAGCAGACUUCAAAUUAAAUUUAAAAAAAUAACUUUCUAGCUUUAGGCUUUAGGCCUAGUACUUUUUGAGCCAUGAAAUUUUAAGUGUGAGAUUCAGAUUGUUUGUAAUUUUUUUACUGUGAUGUCUAUGAAAAUGAAGUUCAUACUGAACUGCAUGUCAACAUUUUGUGACCCCAUAUCGCUGAUUAUUAUUUUAAAGCAACUUAUUUUCAGAAUUCAUGAAUUUAUGCUAGGUAUUAGUAUUAAAAAUUCCAAUAUUAAUUGUAAUUUUUAACUCAUGCAAUUAUAAAUAAAUUAUCCAUUGUUUCUUAUUUACUUAUCUAGUUAUGUAAUAUUAUCAUUAAAUUUAAAAAAAUACAAUAUUGAUGUUCUGUUCACUAGAUCUAAAUCUAAUGUUUCCAUGACCAUUAUAUUAUAUUUUUAUGUAGACUACGGCAAGGCAUCCCACUAAAAGUAAUACUGGUUUGGGACAACUUAUUUUGAACUUUCAAAUUUUGCAUGACUAUUUAUAAUUAUAAUUGAUAAAAGCUUUCCCUGACCAAUUAUUUAAUAGGAAUAGUGUUUGCACACAGGAACCUCUUAUCAAUAAAUCUAAGUGAAUGAUAGUAUAGUAAUAUAGUACAUGGAAGUGACUGUGAAUUGUUGCCCAUUACAACAAUUUGCACACAGCAAAUUAUUAUAAUUAUUAGUAUAGACUCUUCCAGGUUUUUAAACCUCAAACUAAAAUAUAAUUGUAUACAUGCCUUCUAAGUUCAUUUUAAACACAAGCUAUCAAAUAUUUUCACGUGAUUAAUUGUAAUAAUUGAAUAUUUCAUAAGUUAUUGGCAUCUUCUACUAUUAAAAGGGGAGAUGGACAACAUGUUCGAAAUUGGGCUCACUGACCUUAUUAUAAUGCACAACUAAUAGCCCACUCAAUGAGAAUUGGCACAGAUGUACAUCAAUAUAUAUGCUGAGGAAGAUUGAAUAUGAAAGACAUAGAUUUUGAACUUCUUCAACAAAUUUUUAGGGAAAUAUACCUUAUAUAUAACUAGGAAUUUCCAAUUUUGGGGUCGAUUGGAAAGACAAAAUUUUGAUGGAAAUGAAGGCAAAGAUGUCCACUACUGUAAAUAUCACAACUUUAUGACAAAAUAGUCCACACAUCUGUGAAAAAGCACCAACGUCCUAAAAUUAUAAACUUGGAUUCUUCUGCUUCGCUUCCUAUUUCUCCUACAAAAUGUUGAAGUAGUCUCCCUUGCUUUACUGAAGCGCCUAUCUAGAUACCGGUACCAAAAGAAGUAUAAGAACAAGGUAUGACAUACAUGAAUUCAUCAACAGGACAAAAGAUUUUGACGUUUCAGCUUAGAGCCUUCAUCAGAAAACAAGACAAAAAGAAGUAUAACAAGUAUCAGAUCACAGUAAAAAAAAAAUGUAUUCCUUUUUGUUGCCGGAAGUAGGAUUACAGGAAGUGAAAGAAUAUAAAUAUCGGUACUGUGAAAAAUAAGAAUAAGGGAGUGAAUCUUAAAAUAUUUUGGGAUACAUAAAAUUUAAGGAAUAAGAGAAAAAAAAAGAAGAAAUACAGUGAUAUUGAGAAACAGUAGUAUGACGUAUAGAAACGUCAAAAUUGUUUGUCCUGUUUAUGAAUUCAAGUUUGGCAUAACUUGUUCUUAUAUUUCUUUUACAAAACUUGAAAGCAGCCCAUCAAUUAUUACCAGGACCAAAAGCAAUUAUGACAAAUAAUUUGAAAGUCUUUAAAAAAGAGAAAGGUAAAAAAGAUUUGGUACCUCCCCCCCAAAAAUGCUAGUCACUAUUAUGUCCCUCUCAAUCAUUCAUAGACUAAAACAAGCUUCAUCAGCUCAUAGAAUUGAUGCAUGUGAGUUUUCAAGUUGUGUUUUAACUAUAAUGACCAUAUAAAAAUAAAAAAAAAUUAGAUUUAAAAUUUUUUUUUUUAUCAGUUAGUCAAAUAAUUGGUGCUGUGACCAUGAUCUGAUUUUGAAAGUUGAUAUAUAGUAUAGAAGAGCUCAUAAUCUAAUUUUUUAAAUAUUUAUUUACAGGUGGUCUGGUACUGACACAACCUCCAUCGUAUGGUUAUCUGAUAAUAAUUCCAGUCACCAAUCAUUGAAAUCCAUGUUGAAGUGCCUUCUUCACAUUAUCAGAUACUCAUACUUGCCAUGCUAGGAAUGUCAGUAUCUGCAGGGCGAGGCCUAAGUGGCCCAAUUUAUAAUGUUCAUCAGGUAAGCUGAAUAUAGAAAUAUGGGCAUGUAUAUUUUGCGAUUUUGAACUGAUUUAUGCUUGGUCUAAUUGCAACAUACCUGUCUACAUUCUUACAUUAGAGAUGGAAAGAAAUGGUCAUUCGAGAGUCAUAACAAGAAUUUUAUUUCAAUUAAUUGGUGGCAGUCCAAGUGACAAGGCCAGUUAAGAUCUUCCUUUUCACUAAUCUUUGCUUCCCUAGAUUAGCAGUAAUUGUCAAAUGAAUUGUUUUUUUUGUUUUUUUACUAUUGUUCAUAUAAAGGCAGUCACUGCAACCAUAUUUCAAUUGGUUCAGUGGGCUUUGCUCAUCAUAUAUUAAAUAAAGCUGUGGGCUUUUUUCCCCUCAUAUCUUAAACAAGGCUGAGGGCCAUAUUCUUGGACUUAUUCAUCAUAUAUCGUAUCAGGUUAUGGGCUUACUUCCUUACAUAUGUAUAGGGUCAGUGGGCCUUAUUCCUCUAAUAUUUAAAUGAAACAGUGGGCCUUAUUCUUCUUAUUACUUGUUUUUGUUAUGUUUUUAUGAGCAUCCGAUACAUUUCUAUAAAAUGCAUUAGGUCAGCUCUUGCCAUCUGAAAAAAACAACAACUUGUGCAGAAUAUGUCUUAGGCUAGUCUGAAAAUGCUGAGAGUUUGUGUAGAGUACAGUUAAAUCUAUAAAUCAACUGUGGAUAGGGUAGUAGCAUUUUGAUAUCUCAUAAAACAAAUGUUUGAUUGUUUUUUAAUGAUCUAAAUGAAUGCCUCUCUAUCAGUGGUGAAACAUUUUAAUAAAACUUAGUUUACAAUGAUAUUGUUGAUGUAACUAACCUCCCUCACUGGAUGAGUCUACUGCCGGGCAGUCCGACAGGCUCUAUGGCGUCUGGGGGGAACAACUCUUGUUUGAUGAAACUCUAGGAUAUGAUUUCAUCUUUUUGCGGCUGCACUUGAUGGCAACAAGCAGAACAACACUAGGCUAUGAAUACUUAAGUCAUUUAUUUACCUUGUUCUUUUCUUUGAUAUUACACUGUGUUCAAAACUACAAGUUGCACAUUAUGAAAAAUCCUUGCCCACAGCAAACAAGAUUGGGAACACUCCAAUUUGAGUUUACAAACAUCUGCUAACAACGCUAUGGAAUACUGAGCAACAACUUAAAACCACUGUCAAUUUGACAACUCUCAACACUUACGUACUGGCUAAUGAUAACUUGCACAUUUGACACUACAUCAAUAACUAACUUCCGACCCGUGUUCACUCAGUAUUUAUUCACCUAAGUGGUUUAUUAAGCAUAGUAACAACCGAUCGCAGCUAGCCCUGAAAGACCUAUUCAAUUCCUCCCCCCUCUCAACUCAUGACAGUCCAUACUCAAAUGAACUAUGCUCGCAAACUAGUUCUUAACAGUUGUUUUAUAAUUAUACUAAAUUAAAAUAGCUGUAUAAUUUAAAUUAAGUGUACAAAUUACUAUGUAAACUAAUCCAUUUGUCUCUCUUGCUCUCUCUCUCUCUCUCUCUAUAUAUAUACAUAUAGAUCUGUAACUUUUCAAGACACAGUAUUGCUUAAUUUUAAAUUUGUUGUGCAACGUUUAAACAAAAUGUUGUUUUGGAAAAAAGUCUCUCUAAUGCUCAGCUGACUUAAAAAAAAUUAAUUCAAAUUUAACCCUUAUUAUUGGAUAAAUCACGUCCCAAAUGAGAUGUUAUAAAAUUAUGCCAUUUUGAUCUCUACAUCCAGGUUCCAGAGCACUUUCAUGAACACUACAUUCUGCGUGGUUAUCGCCACCCUAAAAGCUCAGCCACACAGUGCCUACUGAGUCUCUUUGAUCCAACAAAUGAGACAAUUAAUAUAUGGACACACUUCUUGCCAACCUGGUAGGCUUAUUGAAUUUUAAUCAGAUUUGUCGAAAGAUGAUUGUUUAAAAAUGUUCUUCCUUAUUAAUGCAUUCACCAUUCAGCUUUUCUCUACCGGUACCAAUAAUUUUGUAACUUGAAAAAAUUACCUACCAUCUCCUGUAAAUAUAUUUUGAGGUAGUUAACUUAAAAAAAAUAACUAAUUGGGUUGUCUUUAUAAUUAACUUAAUGGCUAACAAAAAUCAGCUAUAUCAGAUAUUGAACACAAUUAUUAGAGUCAAAAUUAUAUCUUUUCUUUUUGAUCUGUUUGGUAACAGGUACUUUGUGUAUAUAGCCUGUCACUUAUGGUUUAGCAUAGACUUUUGGAAUGACUCCUACACCUGGCCAUUGCUGACCUAUCUCUUGGUGUGUUGUGCCUUCCCAUUGGCCAGUGCUGUAGCACAUCUCUUCAAUGUCAUGUCCGACAGAGCAAGGCACGUUUGUUUCUUCCUGGAUUACUCUGCUCUCAGCCUGUUCAGCUUUGGAGUGGCUGUCAUCUACAGAGCCUACUGCUUCCCAGCGGACCUCUUUCGUGACGACUCAGGUCUUAGCUUGUACAGAGACAACUACGUCAACCUGGCUGCGAUCAGUGCCGUACUCUGCACGUUCACAUCGUGUGAGACCCGUUUCAUGAAGCCCGGUCCUCUGCGUAAAGCCCUGCGUCUUGGAGCAUUUGCCAUUCCCUACAUUUAUGACAGCGCGCCCAUUAUUUAUAGGAUUUCUCAGAGUGGAGCAGAUGAGGGCCAUUCGACCGCCCUGCAGCUGCACAGCAGACAGUUUUUGUUUGCAUUCAUCGCAGCAUUCCUCUACGCAUCCCACCUCCCCGAACGCCUCCUCCCAGGAAUUUUCGACAUCAUCGGGCACUCGCAUCAGCUGUUUCACGUGUCAUCCAUUUUGGCAGUCAUGGAUCAACUUCAGGCGGUUCUUCUAGACUUCAGGGAGCGCAGAGCUCUUGUCCAAUCAAAAUGGCAUUUUGAGAACUUUGGUAACAGUCUAGGAUACCUGUUGGGUAUA